UCACACCAAAACCACCGGAACCCGAUCGGGGCUACCCAAAGGCUUGCGGUUACCUUGAGGUACCUGGCAACCGGCAUCGGCCUGCAAGCUCUUUCGGCGAGCUACAAGAUGGGCACCAGCACUGUGUCGGGCAUCGUGGAGGAGAUGUGUUCUGCCAUCUGGGACGCCCUUCAGGGGGAGUUCGUGGCCUUUCCUUCCCGCGGUCAGUGGCAGGACAUAGCGGAGGAAUUUUGGAGGCAGUGGCAGUUUCCCCUGUGUGUCGGGGCGAUUGACGGGAAGCAUGUCAGACUCAGAGCUCCAGCACGAUCGGGAAGUGACUACUACAACUACAAAGGUUUUUUUUUCAAUUGCCCUUAUGGCUGCUGCUGAUGCCAACUACAGAUUCAUUUAUGUAGAUGUUGGCGCAUACGGGCGUGAGAGCGAUGGAGGUGUCUUGGGUCGCAGUGCCUUCGGAUCCAGACUGGCAGAGGGCAACCUCAAUCUACCCGCCCCUGCUGUCCUACCAGGCACCACAACGCCCAGUCCUUAUUUUUUUCUGGGGGAUGAGGCCUUUCCCCUACAGGUGAACCUGAUGCGUCCCUAUCCAGGUACUAACCUGCAGGAUAGGAAGCGCAUCUACAACUACCGACAGGCCAGGGCGAGACGCGUAGUGGAGAAUGCCUUUGGCAUAUUGGCUGCGCGCUUCAGAAUCUUUGGCCGUCCAAUUGACUGCCAACCUGAAAAGGCGGUGAAGAUUGUGAAGGCGUGCGUGGCUCUCCACAACUUCCUGGCAUCCACCGAACGAGCCAGAUACAUGCCCGCCUCCUUUGUGGAUACGACCGCUGACACCGGAGAGGUCCAGCCUGGAGAGUGGAGGCAGCAUGUCGAGGGGGACCGGAAUAUGGUCGACGGACCACGGUGUUCGGUCGGCAGAGCCAGACCAUCUCAAAGAGCGGCCCUUGUCAGGGAGCAGCUGGCAGACUAUUUUCUGUCGGAUGCUGGCGUGUUUCCCCACCAGUACAAUGUGCUACGAUUGGGCACUGACCAAUAAACGCAUUGUUCACUUGGAAGCAUGACUUCUAAUUUAUUAGUUAUCACAUUACACAAGUUAACUAAUUUGGUUUACGUCAAACUCAUUAAUUCAUAUCCAUAUAAAAUGUUUAUACAACGAGCUACUGCCU